AUGUUGGCGUUUUUAGCAUCCGUGCUCGUCCACCCGGGCUUCAAAGAAACCCUGCAGUCUCCCGACGCACCGCGAAGCGGCCUCAUCACGGCCAUCUACUAUCUCGGCUCCUGGCUGAGCUACGUGUUCUUCGCGCACCCCGCUGCUGACAGAAUAGGCCGCCGCUACGCUGCUCUUGUGGGUAUGGCCGUCAUAUGCCUUGGUCAGGCACUUCAAACGGGUGCCUUUGGGUCACACGCGCUAGGCAUGGUCAUUGCAGGCCGCAUCGUUGCUGGCACUGGGACGGCCAUAAUCUCUACGAGUGUCCCACUAUACCAAAGGGUUGGAUAUGCCAUGACUUUCUGGGACAACGACCGCGGCCUCUCCGUGGGAUGGCGGUUCUCCCUCGGUGCUUCGUUUAUCCCAGCCCUGUUCUUCAUGGGCGCGCUUCCGUUUAUGCGCGAGUCUCCUCGAUGGCUCGUCGAGCAUGGAAAGACUGAGGAGGCCUUUGAAACUCUUCAGUUCUACCGUGAAGGAUAUUACACGUCAGAUGAAGCACGGACAGAACUCUCCGAUAUCGAACGUUCCGUCGCCAUAUUUAGGAUUUCCGGCCUCACAUGGGUCUCACUGUUCACCAAUCGCAGCCUCUUUGCGCGUCUAUGGCGAGCAGCGCUGCUGCAGUUUAUGGCCCAAAUGUGCGGCGCUAUUGCCAUGAAAUACUACCUCCCAGCACUUUUCGAGGCUUUGGGAUUUAGCCAUCGCGUGUCUCUGCUUGCCGGUGGUAUCGAAAGCACCCUUAAGACCGGCUGUGCCGUCGUCGAAGUGCUCAUCAUCGACAGGGUCGGUCGCCGCCUCACCCUUAUUGCUGGAGCCAUCGUCAUGGCGUUUGCCCUGUUGGCUUUGGCCCUGCCGCCUGGGUUUAUGGCUCCGAGGUAUGGAAGGCGAACAAAGCCCCUAUUUGCGAGAACAACGGACUGA